UGAGGGAGGCAGUAAUGGUGGCAGCCAACCUUGCCACAUUACUCCUAUCAUACACUCAUCCUUCCCAUCCUCGACCAAGCCAAAUAUUACGUCAUAAUGUUUACUCAUUAUAUAUAGUUUUUACUUUUUGUUUUUAUUUUUAUGUAAUGGUUGAGUUAUUCCUGAGGAUUGUAUUGAAGAUAUGUGGGUGAAGUUGGCAAUGGUGGUGUAUGUAAACAGUGUGAGUGUGGCGGCAGAGGCAGGCAGCACGUGAGCGCCGCUACAAUACAACAAUACAACACUAUAACAACAACAACACCACAACAUGGGUAUAGUGGAGAGGAGACUCAAGGUCUUCUACAAGAAGACCAAGAAGGGCAAUAUAAUAAAGUGUAUGAAUACGUGUCAAGUCUGACAGACAGGCCAGGAUUACUGGAUAUUGUGGCAAAAGUAGAAGAGGAAAGAGAUGAAGAUGCCAGUCAUCAACGCUACUUCUAUCCACCUCAUCGCUCCCUGGAAAAAAUCCGUGCGGCACUUAAGUCUGGUAAACUUUCUCAAGGAGUAUUGAAGACGUCACGAACUAACUUUCUUGAAGCCAAUGUAAUGGUAGAAGGUUUAGAAAGGACAAUACUGAUCCAGGGUCGUCUAAACCUGAACCGUGCAUUACAUGAUGAUACUGUAGCUAUUGAAAUAUUUCCUGAAGAUCAGUGGUCAGCCCCUUCAACUGUUGUAAUUGAUCAAGAGAAGCAAGAAGAGGAGAAAGGAGCAUGUAGUGAAGAUGAAAAUGGUGAUGAAGCAACUCUAAAAGAAGAGCAGGCUCUUCUGGCUUCUGGGAAAGGAGAAGGAGAACGUCAGCCAACGGGUUGUGUUGUUGGCAUUAUUAGACGGAAAUGGAGACAGUAUUGCGGUAUCAUUAAGAAGAAUGAAAUUGCCGAAUCAAUGCGGCACUUGUUCAUCCCAGCUGAUAAGAAGAUUCCAUUCAUACGUAUUGAGACAAGACAGCCUGAUUUGCUGUAUGAUAAAAGAAUAAUUGUUGCCAUUGAUUCUUGGCCGAGAGAUUCGAGAAACCCUAAGGGUCACUUUGUUCGUGUGAUUGGGACGGUUGGAGACAAAGAUGCCGAAAAUGAAGUGAUUCUUUUAGAACACGAUUGUCCUUAUACCAAGUUUUCUGAGUCAGUCCUGAACUGCCUUCCAAAGAUGCCAUGGGUAGUCACAGAAAAGGAUGAGGCAGAGCGUGAAGAUUUAAGACAUUUAGAUAUUUGCUCUGUUGAUCCUAUUGGCUGCACAGACAUUGAUGAUGCUCUGCACUGUCGAAGGCUUCCAAAUGGUAAUUUUGAGGUUGGUGUCCACAUAGCUGAUGUGUCGCACUUCAUUCGACCCCACACUGCCUUAGACAAGGAAGCACAAAACCGCAGUACUACGGUGUACCUCACCAACCGUCGUAUUGAUAUGGUGCCAGAUCUCCUCAGCAGUAACUUGUGUUCCCUGCGUGGUAAUGUUGACAGGUUUGCUUUCUCUGUCAUAUGGGAAAUAACACCACAGGCAGAAGUUUUAUCAUCCCGAUUUUGCAAGACAAUCAUCAAGUCUCGGGGAGAACUAAGCUACGAGCAGGCUCAGCAGCGUAUUGAUGAUCCAAAUAUGAAAGAUGAUCUUACCAAAACUCUCAGAAAUCUCAACAUGUUGGCUAAGCAGCUAAAGAAUAAGAGGAUCAAUGCUGGAGCAUUGGUUUUGGCUAGUAUGGAGGUCAAAUUCCAUGUUGAUCCUGACACGGACACUGUGGUUGACAUCGUAGCAAAGCAACACUUGGAGACAAUGAGCAUGGUGGAGGAGUUCAUGUUGCUCGCCAAUGUAACAGCUGCAGAAACUACACUCCAGAGCUUCCCAGAUUGUGCCCUUCUUCGUCGACAUCCUGCACCUCCUCCAUCAAACUUUGAGCCAUUGUUGUUAGCAGCAAAAAGUCAAAAUAUUAAUUUAGACGUAACGAGCAACAAGACCUUGGCCAAGAGUCUGGACAACAACACUCGGGAGAACAAUCCGUUCUUCAACAGCAUGUUGCGUAUAAUGACGACACGAUGCAUGAUGCAGGCUCUCUACUUCUGCUCUGGUACUCGGGAGCCUCCAGAAUAUUAUCACUAUGGACUAGCCACACAAACCUACACUCACUUUACUUCACCCAUCAGAAGGUAUGCUGAUAUAAUUGUACAUAGACUGCUUGCAGUCAUCAUUGAAGCAGAUAGGACCUACCCAGACCUCUUGGACCCAAAGAAAUUAGCAGAUCUUAGUCAGCACAUCAAUUAUCGUCACAAAAUGGCUCAGUAUGCAGCCAGAGGAUCAGCAGUAAUUACAGCCAUUGCUUCUCUGAGAGGCAAGGUGUCAGAAUUUGAUUCAUAUGUGUUGUUUUUGCACAAAAAUGCCAUUCAAGUGUUAGCGCCAACAAUUGGCCAGCAACUGACUUUAUUCCUGGACAAAGGAGGGAACAAGGAUAAAGAAGCAAAGAUAGGAAAGCCACAACAGGUGUCUUCACAAGCAAUGGAAGUGGAGGAGGAGACACCAGCAGUGGAAUUUGAAUUUAAUGAACAGGAACUCUUUGUGAAAUGCAAUGACGUGAUAAUUCGUCCCUUUGACCAUCUUCGUAUACAAGUGAGUGUGGAUGCCUCUGACGUUCAGCAUCAACGUGUUGUCUGCAAACUUAUUCAUCCUGUCAUCCCAGGAUUUUCAGUUCCAUCUCUAAAGCGAGAAGGAGAAGAUGGAAUGGAUAAGGGGGUAAAGAAGUUGAAAAAGAAAUAGUUUUAAAUUAUAUAUAUAUAUUAUGUAAAUUAUUAAUAGCAUUGAACAUUAUGAGAAGUCUGUACCUGGAUGGGUUUCUGAGAGUUCAUCUACUUCCCAAGCCUGGCCCCAGGCCAGGCUUGACUUGUGAGAGCUUGGUCCAACAGGCUCUCACAAGUCUUGGAGCGACCUGCAGGCCCACAUAUCCACCACAGCCCGGUUGGUCCGGCACUUCUUGAAGAAAACUGUUUGGUUUUAUCUUGAAGGUGUCCAUAUUUGUUCUGGCAAAUUUGUUUAUAAAUGGAAAAUUCACCAAUUAGGAAGUUCAAAGAUUUUUAAUUUAUGCAAAUUAAUACUAAUUCAUUUGAUUCCUUAGUUUACAUUCAUUAUACAGCAUUUCAUAAACACAAGUAUCUUUCAUGAUAAUUUAUGUAAGAGCCUUAAAUAGAUGCUAAUAGACAGUAGAGAUGCAACUUGAAAUGCAUUACUUAUUUUUAAAUUUAAGUUGGAAUUAAAGUAUGUUUUUUUAUAUUAUUUACUAGUGUGGAAAACGUAAAACUAACUACCUGAUACUGUAAUAUUAUAAAUAACAAUAAAGACGUGAGUUGUCAUUCUUUUACAAAUAUUGUAACUGUACAAAAUACCCAAAGCCUGUGUGUGGCAUUCUUGGCUCCAGUGUUUUUUAGAUCGUGUAAAUUAAUAGUGUAAUGAAGGAAAGUUUUCUGUACUGAUGCAAAGACUUUCACAGAUAAGUAUAAAUGUUGAAUAUAUUUUUAAAAUUUUGGCUGGUUAAAUUUUCAGGAGCUCAAAUUAAAAAUGUGUAGUUGUGAAUUCCAACAGUUUUAUUUUUUAUUAGACUACAAGAUGUACAAAAUUCUUUCCUUGUGUCCUUUCACAAAAUGAUAAUGAAAAACCCUUAUGUAAUGUCUAUACUGUGAAUAUUUUUAUAUUCUGCAUUAGAUAUAUGGAUCGAGAUAUAUUUACAGCUAUGAUCAGGAGAGAGAAUUUUUAUGAAACGACCUAAAUUUUUAGUUGAAAUUAGAGCAUUUCUUAUUAAUGCUCUGAUUAUUAUUAGUAUGGCUGCAGAGAUCCUUGUCUGAAACUCUAAAAGAAAUCACAUUAGCAGUGCAGUAAUUCCAUAAAACCUCUAUUUUGAUGUCAUAUAUGUAGGACUAAUGUGAUCAUCCAUAUUAAUUAAGAUUUUUUUUUAGUAUUGAACUACCUGCAAGUUAUUCCCCAAAUAUGAAAAAUUACAGUCAUACACCAUAAAUUUUUGUUGACAUUACACUACAGUAUUAGAAAAUGUUUUUCAAUAAAAUUUUAAUGAAAUCACAGUUUGUUUUAUAUACAAUGUUAAGACAGAAAAAUUUGAAAUAAAUGUUGUAUAUAUUCUCACUCGCCAGUACAAUAUCUUCACUGAAACAAAAAACAACCACCUUGACAUCAAAAGGUAAAUGUACUAUCUACAGUAUAUAUCCUGUCCAACACCAGUGCUUUCUUGUAGUACAACUUUACAUUAACCAAUUUAGAGAUA